AUGGCCAGAAUAACAGUUGAUCUUCAAAAAGGCCAGGUCCAGAUCACGGUUUUGGAUAAGAAUGACAGUCCGCCGAGCUUCAAGGACACGCCGCUGCAGUUCCAGGUGUCCGAGGACCUGGGUCCGAGCGAACCUAUCGCCACGAUCCGGGCUGAGGAUCCGGACACGAUCGGCGAUCUGGAGUACACCCUAGUGAAGGGGCACGACGGACGUUUCACCCUCGACAGGCACGGCGGCGUCUUGAGGCUGGACGAUUCUUUGGACCGCGAGACCAAGGACGUUUACAAGCUGACAGUCAGGGCUAGCGAUGGGUUGCAGUACACGGACACGAUUGUCACCAUACAGGUCACGGACACGAACGACAACGCGCCAACUUUUCUGGAAAGCGCCUACUCGUUCGACAUCCCGGAAAACGCGGCCCGAGGAUCGAGGGUUGGACAGGUCAAAGCCACGGACUUGGAUUUGGGUGUGAACGCCCAAUUGGCCUACACUGUGAUCAGCGAUUGGGCCAAUGAUGUGUUCCCCCUGAACCCGCAAACCGGCGUUUUCACCCUGACUUCCCGUCUGGAUUAUGAGGAGGUACAACACUACAUUUUGGUGGUGCAGACGCAGGAUGCCGGUCAUCCGAGCCUGUCGAGUACCGUAACCGUGUACUGCAACGUCUUGGACCUGAACGACAACGCGCCACUUUUCGAUCCGAUGUCCUACAGCAACGAAAUAUUCGAGAACGUCUCCAUAGCCACCCCAGUCGUCACAGUCAGCGCCACCGAUUUGGAUUCAGGUGUUAAUGGGAAAAUCUCCUACACGAUCACUUCAGGAGACGAGAAGGGUGACUUCGAUAUUUCUUCAAGUGGCGUCAUCAGCACGAAGAGGACUCUGGACAGGGAGACCCAGGGGCUGUACAAUUUGGUGGUGACCGCUACCGAUCAGGCUCAGGCUCCAGAAACACGCCUCUCUUCCACCGUUCAAGUUACGAUUAUUUUAAAAGACGUAAACGAUAUGGCACCAGAAUUCAUAUCCCCUAACGAAACGUCGGUGGCCGAAAACAUCCCUAUUAACACAGUGGUGAUGGCAAUUAAAGCGAUAGACAAAGACGAAGGCCGAAACGGCUACAUCGAGUAUUCCCUGAACAACGAUUACGACACUAACGGAAUAUUCUCCCUUGGCCCAGUCGACGGUUUGCUGAGAGUUUCAGGACGAAUUGACAGAGAAGUUAGAAGCAACUACACUUUAUUGGUGACGGCCAGAGACAGAGGGGACCCACCAAGAUCAACUGACAUGAAGAUCUUCGUCCACAUCCUGGACGAAAACGACAACAGUCCAGUGUUUGAUCCGAAACAAUACAGCGCCAGUAUUGCUGAAAACGCUUCCAUCGGUGCUAGUGUCCUUCAGGUGUCCGCAACUGACAUCGACGACGGCCUGAACGGCCGCGUCAGAUACUCGAUCUCCUCCGGCGACACCAACCGAGACUUCAGCAUCGCCGAAGACACGGGCAUCGUGCGGGUCGCCAAAAAUCUCAACUACGAACGCAAAUCCCGCUACGUUCUGACCGUGCAAGCCGAGGACUGUGCCGGCGACAUCAACGGCGAAACCGCCAAAUCGGACACUGCGGAAAUCGUCAUCUCGGUGUCGGACAUCAACGACAAUCCGCCCACCUUCUUGGACUCGCCGUACCUGGCGUAUAUCAUGGAGAACAUCAUCCCGCCGAACGGAGGGUACGUGAUCACGGUGCAGGCUUACGACGCGGACACGCCGCCGUUCAACAACCUGAUCAGGUACUUCAUCAAGGAGGGCGACACGGACGUGUUCAGGAUCAACGCCAGCACUGGGGAAAUUUCCCUCCUCAGAGCUUUAGACAGGGAAAUGCAGUCGGAGUACUCCUUGAGUCUCGUAGCCAUGGAUACCGGGUCACCACCACUAACAGGAACAGGAACAGUCCGAAUCAUUGUGCAAGAUGUCAACGAUCACAGUCCAGAAUUCAAGCGACAAUCCUACUAUACAACAGUCUCAGAAAAUUCCCCGGUUGGCACCAUGGUUCUGUCACCGGUCGCGACGGACAAAGACGUCGGUUUGAACGCAAAAAUCCGUUACAACAUCCUCGGCGACAAAGUUGACAGGUUCAAAAUCGACCAGGACACAGGAGUCAUCACCACAGCCGUCAGUUUGGACAGAGAGGAAACCGACUUGUACUUCUUAACGUUGAUGGCUCAGGAUUGCUCAGCAACCGAACCGAGAGCCACAACAGUCAAUCUCACCAUCAAAGUACUAGAUGAAAACGACAACUCUCCCACCUUCAGUUCUUCCAAGUACGAAGUGUAUAUUUCCGACAACACGAGAGCUGGACAAUUCGUAUUCGGAGCCAGAGCCUCAGACGACGACAUAGGAGAGAACAGCAGGGUCACCUAUAUGUUAACCGGCGAGCAUGCUAAUAACUUCACAAUAAACCCCAAGACUGGAGUCAUAAAAGCUUUAUAUGAUUUGUUCAGAACACCCAACAGUGUUUUCAACCUAGAAAUCGAAGCGAAGGAUGGAGGAAAGGUGCCGAGAAAAGCCAGCACAGAACUGAAAGUUUUCCUCAAACCUGAUCAUUUGUUCCCACGAUUUUCUGUUCCCACACAAACCAAUUUUAUACUCUCGGAAAACGUAAAGAGUGGAACCAAAAUAGAGGUGUUCAGAGCCAUGUCCCCAAAGAAAGGUCCGGCGGGUGAAAUCAAAUAUGCCAUAGCUGGAGGUAACGUGGGAGAAGCCAUCACGAUGGACAGAACAAGCGGAGAAGUAGCAGUCGCAGGCAUGGGAUUAGACUACGAAACAUCUCCAAAUUACGAAGUAUGGAUCGAAGCUCAGGACUCAGAUCACCCUCCUCUGAGAAGUGUGCAACAAUUGACCAUUAACGUGACAGAUGCCAAUGACAAUCCUCCUAUUUUAAACAAUCCUUUAUACAACGCUUCAGUUUUAGAAGAAGAAGCACCACCACAACUUGUAGUUAAAGUAUCUGCUACUGAUAUUGAUUCAGGUGACAAUGGUAGAGUGACUUACAAAUUGCUUGACAACUUUGAUGAAACCUUUGAAAUUGACGAAGAAACAGGAGAAAUCUAUACAACAACAAAACUAGAUCGUGAGGACAUUCCAAGUUAUGAACUCACAGUUGAGGCUUGCGACAAAGGAGUCCCACAAUUAACCGGCACAGCAACAGUUCUUGUAACUGUUUUAGAUAAAAACGAUAAUCCUCCACGAUUUACCAGACUGUUCAGCGUUAACGUAACAGAAAACGCUGAAAUAGGAUCCUUUGUGAUUCGAGUAACAAGUUCCGAUCAAGAUAUUGGAGAAAAUGCAAAUGCCACUUACAGUUUUACAGAAAAUCCCGGAGAAAAGUUCAAAAUUGAUCCAAUAUCCGGUAACGUAACAGUUGUAGGACAUUUAGACAGAGAACAACAAGACGAAUACCUUCUUAAAGUUGCUGCAGUUGAUGGGGCUUGGAGAUCAGAAACUCCUUUAACCAUCACUAUACAAGAUCAAAAUGACAACGCACCUGAAUUCGAACACAGUUAUUACAGCUUCAACUUCCCAGAACUGCAAAGAGAUAUUGUGUUUGUGGGACAAGUAGUCGCCACCGACAGGGACAAGCAAGGUCCAAACUCUGUGAUAAGUUAUUCGCUACAACAGCCUUCGGAUCUCUUCACUGUUGAUCCAGCCUCUGGAGAAAUUUUCAGUAAACGAAGUUUAAGAUACAAAUACACGCAAUUGGAGGCUUCACCUGAAAAUACUUAUUCAUUGACAAUUUUGGCAACAGACAACGGCAAACCACCGAUGUCCUCUGAGUGCUUGGUUACUAUUAAUGUUGUGGACGCAAACAAUAAUGCUCCUAAAUUCGAACAACAAGAAUACCUUUCUCCUGUGCCGGAAGAUGCAGUUGAAGGUCAACAACUCCUUAAAGUGGUAGCUAAAGACGAUUUAGAUGUAGGAAUCAAUGCUGAGGUAGAAUACCAAAUAGUAGGAGGAAACGGAACUAAACAUUUCAACGUCGACAGAAACACGGGCUGGAUUUCAUUGGCUGAAAGACUAAAUCACGUCGGUGACGUUUAUAAUCUGAGGAUCAGCGCAACGGAUAAAGGUGUACCACCACAACAGGAUGAGGUUACGGCCACUCUGAUUGUAACUGGGGAAAACAAACACAGUCCAAUAUUUACAGCUUUAAGUUAUCAGGUCAUUGUGCCGGAAAACGAGCCUUUAGGUUCUACAAUUCUUACAGUUAGUGCUUCUGACAGUGAUCAAGGACCUAAUGGAAUGAUCAGAUACGAAAUAUCAGCAGGAAAUGAACGAAAAGAGUUUGGUGUUGAUCCUAUUUCUGGUGCUGUUACAAUUUUACAACCAUUGGAUUACGAUACUAUUCAAGAAUACCACCUGAAUAUUACCGCAGAAGACUUAGGGUUCAAUCCCAAAAGAACCACCGCAAUGUUAACCAUCACUUUGACUGAUAUUAAUGAUAAUUCGCCAACCUUCAACCAGACUACAUACGAUGCAUUUAUCUCUGAAAACCUCCCACCCAACAGCUUCGUAUAUCAAGUGUUUGCCAAAGAUAUAGACUCUCCAAAGAAUGCAAUUAUCCAGUACUCAAUUUCGGAUGGUUCGGAUAAAGAAAUGUUUAAUAUUAACGCAAAAACUGGCGUAAUUACAGCCAAAUACAGUUUCGAUUUCGAAGAGAAGAACUCAUACAAACUAAACAUUGUUGCUAGCAACCCAGAUUCAACAAUGUUUGGCACCUGCGAUGUUAUAGUCCAUAUAACAGGAGUUAACGAGUAUUAUCCGAGAUUCAUUCAACCUGUUUUUCAUUUUGAUGUUUCUGAGUCGACAGAAAUCGGUACUAAAAUUGGUACCAUUCAAGCCACAGAUCAAGAUUCAGGAGAUGAUGGAAAGGUUUAUUACUUAUUCGUUGGCUCUAGUAAUGAUAAAGGAUUCAGUAUUAACGCUGAAACUGGAACAAUAAGUGUGUCCAGAAAUUUGGACAGAGAAACGCAAAGCAGAAUAGUAUUGACUGUUAUGGCUAAAAAUGCAGGUGGAAUUCGUGGUAAUGAUACAGAUGAGGCACAAGUUAUUGUCACAGUACAAGAUGGGAAUGAUCCACCAGAAUUCCUCCAAGACCACUACGAAGCCAAAAUAUCCGAAGGUGUACAAAUUGGCACCGAAGUCACCAAAGUUAAAGCAGUCGACAAAGAUGUCAGAGCACAAAAUAAUCAAUUUAGUUACUCAAUUAUCGGUGGAAACACUGAGCAAGCCUUCAAAAUUGAUCCACAAACCGGCGAAAUUCAAACUGCUAGAUUGUUGGACAGGGAAACCAUUUCAAUGUACAAUUUAAUAGUCGGAGGAAUUGAUACAGGAAUCCCUCCUCAAACUGGUACCACGGUAGUUAAAAUACACAUCACUGACAUCAAUGAUAAUGGACCAACAUUCGAUCCAUCUCAGCUUGUUGGGCGAGUAAUGGAAAAUGAACCGCCAGGCACCAAAAUUAUGACCUUAUCAGCUAAAGAUCCGGAUCUACCACCAAAUGGUGCUCCAUUCACUUAUAGACUUAUUGGUGGAAAACACAGAGAUUACGUUAGAGUUGACAGACACACUGGUAUUGUUGUAACCACCACAAUGAUUGAUCGAGAAGUAACACCAGAAUUAGACAUCAUUAUCGAAGUAGAAGAUAGUGGCACCCCUAAAAUGAAAUCUCAACACAACGUCAAAAUUAUAAUCUUGGAUGAAAAUGACAGCCCUUCCAGUUCUAGAUCAGUACAUGUAAUUGUUUUUGCUUUUAACGGAGCUUUCCCCACUGGUAAAAUUGCUGACGUCCAUCCAAAUGAUCCUGAUACCACUGGUGAUUAUAGAUGUAAAAUUUUACAGAAGCCCCAAGUACUUGGAGUACUUUCCAUUCCAUCUGAAUGUAAUUUAUACACAUCUAAGAUAACUCCAAAUCAAGGUUACAGUUUAUCAAUUUCUGGAAAUGAUGGAAAACAUUCAGAUGUUACAUCUACUGUUACUGUUGAAUUUGUCGUGUUUACUAAUGCUACAGUAGAAAAUUCGAUAACCAUCAGAAUUGCGAAUAUUUCUGCCAGUCAGUUCUUAGCAUUAAGCUAUAGAAACCUUUUGGAGAAUUUAAAAUCUGAAUUGAAUGGUGGUGAAAAACUAAAUAUUUAUAGUCUACACGAAAAUCAAGGUAAUCUUGAACUAACUGUCGCAAUUAGCAGCGGAUCUACAUACAGAAGUAAAUUCUACACAAAAGACAAACUCUUGAAGAAAACAGAUGUUCUAUCGAAUCUUUUUCACACAUCUGACGUAGAAAUUGGAUACUCUCCCUGCAAUGAAAAUGUUUGCGAAAACGGAGGCAUCUGCACAGAAGAAAUAACUGUGAAAAGAGAAACAAAAAUUACAGACAGCCAAAACAUAAUCUUCACCUCUCCUUUAGUGGCUCACGAAUACACAUGCCAAUGUGCCGAUGGUUUUACAGGUCAAAAUUGUAAUAAAAGACAAGAUCCAUGCCUUCCAAACCCAUGCAAGUCAGGAGGACAAUGCAGAAGACAAGGUUUCAAUUUUCAAUGCAUUUGUCCCAGCAACAAAGACGGAAAACAUUGUGAAUUGGAACGAGGAGAUGCCUGUUCUGAUAAUCCUUGUCAAAAUGGUGGAUCUUGCAGAGAAAGCCCUGACGGUUCAUCGUUCUUCUGUUUAUGUCGAUCUGGUUAUCGCGGUAAUCAGUGUGAAGCUUUGGCUGAUUCCUGUAGACCCAAUCCUUGUCACAAUGGAGGACUAUGUGUAAGUUUGAAGCCAGGAUACAAGUGCAGUUGUACUGAUGGCAGAUACGGAAGGCACUGUGAGAAAUCUACGUUUGGUUUCCAAGAACUGUCUUACAUGUCAUUCCCUAGUUUAGACGCAGCCACCAACGACAUUUCCAUAAUUUUCUCUACAACCAAACCUAAUUCACUGCUCGUUUAUAACUAUGGAUUGCAAACUGGAGGCCGCAGUGAUUUCGUAGCAGUAGAACUGAUAGAAGGCCGUGCUGUUUUCUCAUUUGGAGGUGCCAGAACCGCCAUAACAUCGAUCAGUGUUGGAGGGAAGAAUAAUAGUUUGGCAGAUGGAAGUUGGCAUAAGAUCACUGCCACAAGAAAUGGACGAGUUGUUUCACUUAGUGUUGGAAGCUGUACAGAACAUGGUGAUAUUUGUGAUGACUGCAGGCCUGGAGAUAAUUCUUGUUAUGCUGAUGAUAUUGGACCAGCUGGAACACUGAACUUCAACAGUCAGGCGUUGCUUAUUGGAGGUCUGCAAAGCGCUGAUCCUGUUCUAGAAAGACCUGGACAAGUUCAUUCUGAUGAUCUAGUAGGGUGUGUGCAUAGCGUUUCAAUAAAUGGAAGACAACUUAACCUGAGUCAUCCGUUGGACUCUUAUGGAAUUCAGAAAAAAUGUACCAGACGAGGAUUUUGCUCCGGACACACCGGCGAUCCUUGCCUAGGAUUUGGACAAUGUUUGGACAGAUGGUCAUCAGUUAGUUGUGUCUGUGGAAAUAGUUUAAUAGCUCCAAAUUGUCAUAAUGCGUUACAACCAAUUAGUGUCAGUGAUGGGGGUUUUGUAGAGUUUACUAUUUCGAAAAAGCAUAAGAGAAUGCAGUUGUUAGAGAAUCUUUACGACGGAUCAACUCUUUGGACACAUCAAAGAAAACCUAGAUCAACGACACCACAAACCCAAGCGAAAAUCGACGAAUCUCCAGCAAAAAGCAUGAGUCUAAUGUUUAGAACAGUACAAACGGAAGGAAUAAUUUUCUAUGCUGCCAGUAACAAGCACUACACCUCAGUGGAACUGGUCAAAGGGCAAAUUAUUUAUAUCAGCAAAGUUUCCAGUGCAGUAAACAUGACAAAUACUCACGGAUCAGUCACUGAUGGACAAUGGCACAAUCUCACUUUAUAUUCCCACAACAGAGAUCUGGAGGUGUUACUGGAUAAUAAAAAAAUCGGAGAAGAACUGGACUCGGCAGGAGUGCAUGACUUUCUUGAUCCGUACUUAACGUACAUGUCUAUUGGGGGUGCAUCAAGAAACGUUUAUUAUGCAAGAAGUGCUCUUCCGGAUAAUUUUGAAGGCUGCUUCGCAAAUUUCACCAUUAACAACGAAAUCCAACCGUUUAACGGAUCUGGAAGCGUGUUCCAAGAAGUUUUAACACGCGGGAAAGUAUUAAAAGAUUGCAAUGGUCCUGUCGGAGUGGGUACUGCCGCAACACCUGAUCCUUUGAGCAUCGGAAUUACUCUUGUUAUUGUUUUCUUCGUCGUUCUCCUCGUUGCCAUAUUAGUUUCAUUCGUCGUAUUUAGAUUGAGGAAGCAAUACAAGGAAAAAGGUGGCGCACCUGGUAGUCCUUCUGGCAUUCACAGCAAGCAGAACGGUGGUACUACUAUUAUGGGAAGUAAUGGAUUAAAUGUGGUGAAUGAUAAUGUACUGGGGAGAGCUUUGCAUUCUGGCGACAAUUCUAUGGGUUAUCAUUCUGAGAAUGGUGAUGUGAUAAGAGGAAUUGGAGGACAUCCAUUGGUUGGACCUGAAUUGUUGUCGAAGAAAUACAAAGAGAGAGAUUUGCAAGGUGAAGUUCCAAGGCCCCAAAGACCUGACAUUAUUGAACGGGAAGUGGUAAAUAAAGGUCCUCCGUUAAGAGAGGAACAUCAUCCUCCUCUACCGCCAAGUUCCAACCACAACCACGAUCAUCCUAACGAUUUGAACUCCGAAAUUCCCGAGCACUACGACUUAGAGAACGCCAGUUCGAUAGCACCUUCGGACAUAGACAUCGUUUACCAUUACAAAGGUUACAGAGAGGCUGCCGGAGUGAGGAAAUAUAAAGCAACACCUCCUCCGGUGGCCGGUUACCAUCACAAGCACACGUCUGCUCAGGCACAGUCACAACAUCGACAUUCGCCUCAUCAUCCAACGGCGUACCCACCAAGAGCACCACCAGUUACUAGUCCAACAUCCAGACCCCACCAAAGCACUCCUUUAGCUAGACUAAGUCCCAGCAGUGAGAUGUCAGCACAACAACCUAGAAUAUUAACGCUGCACGAUAUCAGUGGUAAACCCCUGCAGAGUGCUUUGCUGGCAACUACAUCUAGUUCUGGAGGCGUGGGGAAAGACGUGUUGCACAGCAAUAGUGAGAGAAGUUUAAAUAGUCCGGUUAUGUCCCAAUUAAGCGGGCAAAGUUCCAGUAGUCGUAAGGUAGCACCCCCUAAUGCCGUUACAUCUCCGUCACCAGGCAUGGGAUUGACGGCGGAGGAGAUCGAAAGGUUGAAUUCAAGACCGCGCACCUCUAGUCUAGUCUCGACCCUAGAUGCGGUGUCCAGUUCGAGUGAAGCCCCGAGAGGCGGCGGCCCCAACCACUUGAACCACCUGCGCCAUUCGCCAGUGCCAGAAACUCAUCACAGUUCCACAACGACUGAUGAAAGUGGAAAUGACAGUUUCACGUGUUCUGAGAUAGAAUAUGAUAAUGCCAGCCUGGCUGGCGACAAGUACAAGCCAAAUGAGCCCGAACGCAGGGCAGAUUCAAGCUCAGGUAGUAAAAACAAUAUUCCUCCGCCAUCGUACGAUGGCUUCGACUCGUCCUAUCGCGGUUCCAUGAGCACGCUCGUCGCCUCCGAUGAUGAGAUCGGGGGUCCCAUGUACAGACCCUCCACCGGAUCCCCCUCGACAACUGCGCUAGGAUGGGAUUACUUGUUGAAUUGGGGGCCGAAUUUCGAGAGUUUCGCGGGGGUUUUCAAAGACAUUGCUGAACUACCGGACUCGGUUAACGGUAGGGUGUCCUCAUCGUUGAGGCUGACGAACGCCCCCAAACCAUCGGAGGAAUAUGUAUAG